AUGGGUGGGAGUAAAGCUGUUGCAAUAUCAAAUAUACAUCCAAGGAUAAGAUUAAGAGAUAUAAUGGAUAUAUUUGGUGUUUUUGACAAGAUUGUUGGGUUUCGACCCUACAAAGAUGGAUUUGUCUUGAAGUUUGAGUCCUUUCCAGAAAGGUCUUUGGCCAUGGAUAACUUUCCUUUAGCACACAGAAGAAUGAAGGUUAAUAUGAUUGAAUGGAACGAGGGUUAUGACACUUUUGAGGUAGGAAACAUUGUGGUGUUUGAGUCUUACUUUGACGUGGAUGAAAUAAGAGAUGAAUGCUGCAUGUUUGGAUGUGUGACUGAGGUGAUAAGGAAAAAGGAUUCUAUAUAUGUUAUCUGCAGCUCUUCUGUGGAUGGAGAAUGCAUAUUCAUGAAUAUGUAUGGAAGAUAUUACAAUAAAAAGAGAAUAAGAUGCCGCAUAGGCGAUGAAAAGAUACUAUUGAAUUAA